UGGCUUCGCGCCUUAUUUCUCUUCUAUUUGUAAAUUUUCCCACAACCCCUCGCUCUGGUAGAAGCAAAAAUCACUCCCGCCAUGCAUGAAGAGACUCAGAGAAUCCAUCAAAACCCUACUCACCAACGGUCUCUACUCAGAAGCCCUCAAAGCCUCCAUAGUCUCUCUUCCCAACCCUUACCUCACAGACCAAACCUACGCCCUCUUCAUCAAAUCCGGUCACUCCCUCGACCCCUACCUCUCCGCCACUCUCAUCUCCCACUUGUCCAAGCUCGGAGAUUUCUCUCGCGCUACCAAAUUUCUUUUCGACACCCAGAAACCCGAUAGUGUCUCCUUCAACGCCCUCAUUUCUGGAUUCGCCCGGUUUCGCCAACCCAGGCCCGUUUUCGAGCUCUUUCACAGUUUAAGACAUCUGGGUCUGAGACCUGAUGUGUUUACUUUGAGCUCUUUGGUGAAAGCGUGUGAGAGUUUGGAGGAAAACGAAGCUGCCCAUGGGGUUUGUUUGAGAAUGGGAUUUGGGUCGGCUGCGUAUUUGGUGAGUGGGUUUGUUGAGAAUUAUGCGAGAGCUGGGGAUGUUGAAAAUGCUGAGAAGUGUUUUGGGGAGUGUUUGGAAGUGGACAGUGUGGUUUGGACAGCAAUGGUUUCUGGGUAUGUGUGGAAUGGGGAAUUUGAGAGGAGUAAGGAGGUUUUUGUGGAGAUGAGGGGUAUGGGUAUGGAGCUAAAUGAGUUUUGCUUGACUGGGGUGCUUGGUGCAUUGUUUGAUGUCAGAGAGGGGGAACAAGUUCAUGGGAUUGGUGUUAAGAUGGGUUUGUUAUGCGGUGGAUCGAUCCAUUUGAAUAAUGCAAUUAUGAGCAUGUAUUGUAAGCGUGGGAAUAAGGUGGCUGCUGUUAGGGUGUUUGAUGAAAUUGUUCACCCAGAUGUUGUGUCUUGGACUGAGCGGAUAGGAGCUGCUUGUGAUGGUGUGGAAGCUUUUGAAUUAUUUAAAUUUUUGCAUUCUGGAGAUUUGGGGAUGAAUGAAUAUACAAUGAUCAAUAUUUUGUCUGCCAUCGCUGGCCCUAGGCUGUUGAAUUCUGGCAGGCAAGUCCAAGCACUUUGUCAAAAGGCGGGAUUUUUGCAGGUGAUUUGUGUUAGCAAUGCAUUGGUAUCCAUGUAUGGGAAGUGUGGUCGAAUGGAUGCUGCUAGUCGUAUUUUUGAUGAUAUGCUUCAUCGAGAUUCUGUUUCUUGGAAUUCUUUGAUUGCUGGGUACUCUGAGAAUCGAUUUGGUGGUCAGGCUCUUGAGGUGCUUUCUAAGAUGCGUGAUCUUUCAAUACAACCAAAUGAAUAUACUCUGGCUAGCAUUCUGGAAGUGACUGCCUACCCAGAUUCUGUAAAGCAAGCAAUGCAAAUCCAUUCGCAUAUGAUUAAAUGUGGCUUCAUGUCGGAUGAUUCUAUGGUGUCUUGCUUGAUUACAACAUAUGGGAAAUGUGGUAGGGUUGAUGAAUCAAAAGAAGUAUUCUCUGAGAUUGAGAAGAUCAAUGUGGCGCAUCUUAAUGCAAUGGCUAGUACCUUUGUUAACUCCGGGUGUCAUGCUGAUGCUCUAACAUUGUUCCACACCUCAAGAAGGUCAUACCUUGAGGUGGACAGCACAAUUUUCAGUAUUGUCCUUAAAGCUUGCAGUGUUAUAACAGAUUUGGUACAAGGAAGAGUAGUCCACUCCCUGUGUCUUAAAUUUGGAGUUGAUCAGGAUAGUUUUGUUGAAAGCACUAUUAUUGACAUGUACUGUAAGUGUGGAAGCAUAGGUGAUGCAGAGAAGGUUUUCAGGAUUAUAUCUAAAGACAAUUUGGCUGCUUGGAAUGCCAUGAUAAUGGGAUAUGCUCAACAUGGUUGUUUUCAUGAAGUUUCCGAGCUUUUUGAUAAGAUGUGCAAAUUUGGUGUAGAACCUGAUGAGAUAACUUUUCUUGGAGUUCUUACUUCAUGCUGUCAUGCAGGGCUGGUGAGAGAAGCACAUGCUUACUUAAACUCUAUGUUUCAACGUCAUGGAAUAAUCCCGCAUUUAGAACACUAUGCCUGCAUGGUUGACCUGCUUGGUCGAGUUGGACUCCUAGAAGAUGCAAUGAGGACAAUAGAUCAAAUGCCUAUUCACCCCGAUGCUCAUAUAUGGCAGAUUCUUCUGUCAGCCUGCAACGUCCAUGGAAAUGUUGCUCUGGGAAAUUUCGCAGCCAGAAAACUUCUUGAGCUGCAGCCUGGAAAUGAAUCUGCCUAUAUUCUUCUAUCAAAUCUCUAUGCUUCUGCUGGUUUGUGGAAUGCUGUUGGGAAAUUGAGGAAGGAAAUGAAAGAAAAUGUAAUUCGCAAAGAACCUGGUUAUAGUUGGAUUCAAAUUGGAGGAUCCAUGCAUUACCUUUUUGCUGGUGACACAUCACAUCCUGAGAGUAAAGAAAUAUAUAUGGAGCUAAUGAGGCUGUAUGAGCAUAUACUAGCGUCACCAGGACUGGAACAAAUUGAUGUUUUUCUAAUGGAAAUAUUUGCUAUGAACUAGAGGAAUUCAAUUUUGAUUUUUACCUCAAUUAACUAUGUGGGGGGUUUCUGUGUUUCCAGAACUCAUCAACUUUUAUUACCCUGUCAAAUCUAAUCAGGUCGGGGUAUGAAAUCCACUCAAUAGUGUAUUACAUUCGGCUUCAGAAAAUUCCUCUGGCCAGCAAAGGGAGGCACUAGUCUAAAAAGGCCAUAAAUUACGCUGGGCAGCUGUGCAUUCAAGUGGCAUUCUGCUCUUGAUAUUUUUGCGGAAUGCAGUAUCAGGAACCUCACUGGCCUUGCUGUCUGACUCUUGGAUCAG